AUGGCCUGGCCUAAACUAAUCACUAAUGGCAAACAUUUGGAAAAUACUGAAACUGAGAGUGUUACCUUCUGGGAACGAAUUCGUACUUCACCCACCAGUAGAUUUGUUCAAGAGCAUACUUUUGGUAAUCCAUUAGAGACUCCUGCAGUGUGGCCUGUGCACAUCCAACUUACUUCUUCUGUUAACUUGAACUUGGAAAGAAACAGUGCCUUACCUGUUGAUGCUGCCGCAGUGUCAGGGAAAACAUCUCUGGUUUGUUCCCAAGAAGUUGAGAAGUUAAACGAAGCUUUUGACAUUUUGCUAGCUUUUUUCAUUUUAGCUUGUGUUUUAAUUAUUUUUUUGAUCUAUAAAGUUGUCCAGUUUAAACAAAAACUACACACACCAGAAAACUCAGGGGAAAAUAGACUGGAAUAUUACAGCUUUUAUCAGUCAGCACGGUAUAAUGUAACUGCCUCCAUUUGUAACACUUCCCCUAAUUCUCUAGAAAACCCAAAUUUGGAGCAGAUUCAGCUUCAUAAACAAAUUGUUCCUGAAAGCGAGGCACAAGUCAUUCUCUUUGAACAUUCUGCUUUAUGAACAAAUAUUGGCUUCAACAAAACUAGAAUUACAUGAACACAAAAUUGAAUCAUUGUUACAGAAUUAUAUGCUUUGUUUGGAAAUAGGAUUUCAUGAACAUAGCAUUAUUA